GCGCACUGCUGCUUCCUAGCGGCUAAUCGAUAACCGCCAACUCCUGAUUCAUUCGCUAGUAGGCUGAUUGGUGUAGAAUGUUAUUGGCGGUGCUGUAGCAGCUACCAGUGGUGCGUUACUUUAGCUUAGAUUAUCAGGGAUGGUAGAGAUGACACCGACGACGAGAUAGUGUUUAGCUGAUCUCACUAGGAUUAUCUUUAAAUCUUUUCUAACCGACCCUCGGCUAAUGAUAUCUAUGCAAGCCUUUAGAUUCCAAGCUGUGAGAAAUGCCUCGAGAAAGCAACAAUAAUCAAGACGGAUGUGUUCCUUUUUUCACGAGGCGUCUUGUUAUACCAUCCGUAAUACUGUGUGUGGUCGGCCUCAUCCUCCUGGGGCCGGCCGUGUGGGCUAUCUCAAAUAAACCUGAAGACAUUCCUUUAAAUACCCCAGGCAAAGAAUCAUUGGGUCCAACGUUAUUAGUAGUUUCGAUGGGUUUAGUUUUAAUGAGUGUAGCACUUAUGUACUCAGAGAGACGGCGGAUGCUGAUGGAGUUGACGAGAAAUGCAUCAACACAGGACUCAUCAGUACAAUGGAGAUCGCAGCAAGAUCCGCUGGUGACUGACACAAGGGCAGGCGAUUUCCUCCGCGCCGGGAGAGUAGAUCCUAAAGAAAAGGUGGCCAAGCUCAACAAGGAGCCAAAGGUGUAGAUGGAGGCAAAGCUAUCAAAAGACCUCAGUGCCUAUUGGCGCGCAGCAAGCACAACAUUUUAAUAUUUUUACCUUGAGCUUUUCCAAAGGUGUUUCUGGAGACCGGUUUUAUAAUUGCGUAAUGGCGGAUUUUAGAAUACGCCGGAAGUCACCCAGGAUAAACAAAGAUGGACAAUUGGUUUGUGUCAAAUUGUUUCCAGAAAUUAUGAUUUCUUGGAUAUUUCUAGUCAUUAGUUGACCAAGUUUUAUCUGAUGUUUUAGAUACAGUUUAUAACCUAAGUUCAUGAUUCGAUUUUUGUUGAGCAGUUGUGGAUUAAUGCAACAGAUUUUGCCAGUGGGCUACAGACGAUGCUGCAAAUGACAUCUGUGUUUGGAGAAAAGAACUGAAUUUCUGCAGGAAAUGCACAUGGAUGUGGAUGCGCUGUUUUAUGGAAGGAAAUGCAAGGGAAAUCUGUAAAUUUGAGCUGGAUUUAUUCCAAGCAAUAAUAUCUUGAGUUUGGCAGCAUUUUGGAUAUGCAACACCAGGAAUUAUGCUGUCUUUGAUUAAUGUGUGAGGUUAAGGCAGGAGUAGUUGAGGUAAACAAGACGAAGGAUAUAGGUGUACUUUUCUGGAAGAUAUUUCGAUGCCCUUCUUCUAAGAAACCCGCUAACCAGAGCGUCGCCUGGAAUGUCUAAGAUAUUUCGGAUUAAAGUCUCUAAAACAGGCUGACCUAGAAGUUACAAUGUAUCUCAAGGCAAUGACAGUGUUAUCAAAGCAAGAACAGUGUCAUCCAUGGAAAUCACAGUUUAAUUCAAGGGAAGGCAUCAACACAUAACAUUUGUGAAAGCUUUUCGCACUGCUGUGACCGGUACACUUCAUUGCCGAUCAUCAUUUUAUCACCCUUACUGCUUUAAAAAAUCAUAACUUCCAUUGUUGAUAUCCGCAUUUAAAACUAUGAUACCUUUCCUUGAAUUAGGUGUAGUUUUUUUUCAGGCCUGCUCUUUUUUGUUAAUAGGCAGGCUUCGCAAUCCGCGGUCCGGGUCCGCAGUACGAAUAACGAAGUACGCCGUACGAAUAUCUGAGGUGUCAUCAAGUCAUUUCCGCUUCACUCAUGAAUCCGGGAAAUGUUCAAAAAAAUUGUCGAUGAAGAGCAUUUCCAUAUACUUCGUACAUCGUUUUUCGUAGGUAUUCGUAAGGGUUGUGAAACCUUCGAAACGUUCGACGCGACAUCCCAAGGUAUACAUCUUUACUAAGUUUUGUUUUCACUUGAUAAACUCAUGGCGGUACUGGAAACACAAGGACCGGUUACAUAAAGAUGCUACAAAAAGGUGGCGUGGUGCCGGUGGGCGUGAUAUCCAUUUCUUCCGUUUCACUUACGAUACAGAUGCUUGCGUUUGGGAUAUCAUCACCGUGUCAAAAGUGUCAAAGGAAGGUUUUAGAUCAUACAUGUACAUGUGUGUCAAUGAGGAGCGUCGGUCUUGGGAUAUCAAACGACCAAUAAGUUCCCAGCAAUGCCUGUUCGUUUGGAAGACGAACGGCAGGAUACCAUAUUUGCUUUACUUUACUGGCGAUAGAUGGCAAAAAGGGAUGCCGGAUGCAAAUGUAAAUUUUAAAUUCUGAUCAUUCAAAUCAAAAUUCUCUUGGUCCUUGAGGUCGCAAUAAUUUUGCCUUCUGUUGAUGCAAUCACUCACGGCGAAAUGUGUGCCGCAAAGCAAAUAUACCCUAACAAGGUGUUUGACAGGGGCUUUUCAGAAGAAGAGUAAAUGGCGAAAGUAUUCCCCACCGGGCAGAGCAAUGCCUGCAUUUUGAGUUCAGUUGUUGUGGGUGCGUUAAGCUCACUCAGAGUUGAGAUGAUAGAGUACAAAUAAAUGUCGCGUCUCCUUUUAGUUGGUUUACAUGGACGCUUUUCUGCGUGAUGUAAUGGCAGAGGAUGAUGGGAUUAAACAAACCAUUUUAGCUUUGGAUGACGUGCAAUGCCAGUGGCAGGAGUAAACUUCUGGCUAUAUGCUGAUCGAAGCUUUUCGUGUAAGAUUACAGUUGAAGCUCUAUAAAAAGUCAAAUCGUGUCUAAAACUGUAUCCUCAUCUGUUUUGGUUUUUGAUUUGAAAGCAAAGCAAUUUAUGUACAUGUAUCAUCAGUUGUAACAUAUACCACUGGUAUAAUCUACAAAGCCCUCUCUCCAUAGUGUGAACGCUGGCGUUCCCGUAAACCAACUAAUAAGAUCGACGAAAAAUAUCUUUAUCUUGCCUUUCGUUACGCAAUAACAUUCUUCUUCUUGUUCCCCCAGUUUUGUGUUUUAUCUCAUGCACCUGGAUGUUGUCAUGAGUCAUGCAUUCACUUGUCAGUGGUGAUGUGAUGUGAUUUUGCCAUUUGAACAAGUCGUAGGCCUAUAUAACUAUCUUUUUCUCUCUUUCUUGUUCUGCACGUUUCACAAGCAGUUAUCAUAAAAAAUGUACAGUUUUUGAGGAAUUUUCAUAUAGGCUGCAGUUCAGUUGAUGUACAUGUGAUGCAUGUGAUGCUCAAUUUUUAUGUGCAUUGUGCUUUUAGGCAGUACAGUGUUACUGCAUUGGUGUGAUAAGUUUCCGACGAUGACUUUGAAGCUAUCACGUGUUGGCAUUUUUUCAUUGAUGGGAAAUUUGAUAUUCGACUAUUUGGUCCUCGUGAGGAAGUAACCGCUGAAUGCUGGCGUUAUAUCAUCAAUUGAACUGUAGCCGACAGCAGUUGAUCCUCCUGAAAUCUUCCCACCUUUUGCCAAACUGUAUUUAUUAGCCAGUGCCAAAAGCUCGAACCACGACUUCUUCGGAGGGUCGAGAUUUUACUCAGACAACAUUGUUUACCUAACCAGCUUAACCUACUUCAAUGGAUCAUUCAUAACUGUGUCAAUUGAAACAGUUUACUCUGAUUGGAUAACAAACAUUCUGAUCGAAUUGAAUGCCCGUUUUAACACGCAAUUAACACAUUUUAUAAAAGCUUUUCUUCAUCAAUCUUUAAACAUUAUAUAGUAUACUAUCAACUCAUCUUCUAUGUUCCAUGUCAAAAUGGUCAAGCUGUAAAAUCCUACGCAACAGUGAAUCAUACGCAUGCUCAAAAUGACUCCGCACGUGAUAUUUGAUACUCGAUUUUCAUUGGUCAAUUCUGAAGACAAGUUUCGGUCAUACAUGUACAUAGUCGCGUCGAUAUCAGUGUAACGUUUUUCCGUGUUUUCCAUCAUUACUUGGGAAUGGAGAAAGACCCGUGUUUCUCUGUUUCUCCUUACUAAAAAUACAAUGUAAUGGGGUCUUGCUGACUGUCGUAUCGAAACACUAGAAGGAAUAUGAGGACCAACCAAAAAGGUUACACCGGUGUUGGUAUUUAAUGGAUUACCGAAAAAAACGUUCUAACUUUUUGCCAGAUUUUGACUAGAGAGAUAGGAGCGCACUGGCUCCGUGUCGAAAAAAUAUGAAAACAUUUCAUACGCAUAAUAUACGCUAUUUGCGCGUUUUCUGUAUAAAAAAAGGUUUCCAGUUCAAUAGAUAUGCCGAUAAUACUGCAUAUAUGAUAUCGACAUCACUGUUUGAAAUGGACGUCCUUCAAUGCUGCCGUGAUCAUUUUGGCAUGGACAUCUUCGCCUUUUCUUCCAUGUCAAUCUAUAAAUAGUGCACAAGCGUUUGUGGUGAAACAGUUCUUUAAGUGAAAAAUGUCACAUAUUAUGCACAUCGUAGUUUCAUCUUAAACAAAGCCAUAGACAGUGUGCAAUAGUUCUAGGGAAUGCCACGGUCUUGCGCCUGUUUAGGGUGAGAACGACGCGAAGAUUUGCGACUUUGGCCAGUCUUGGUUGUACCGUAUUUUUGUAACCAUUAGUAUAGUGAGGACUAUUUUUCUCUAAAUUACUUUAACAUUUGUAAUUCAAAAUAUUGUAUAGUUUUCAUAUUUCGCUGUAUCUUGUUUAAUGCUGUUGGGUCAGGUUCUGUAAUCGUCCUGUGAUAAAAUUAAUACGAAAGAUGGCGUACCACAAUUUCAUAGUUCGGUUGCUCCACGGUAUUGGUAAAACUGGUUCUACCACAACAAUAACAACAACACCAUGGCUACAAACCAAACUAGACUGAUCGGCGCCCCCUCCCCACUCUCUUUGGGACCGUUCAGAAACAUCGUGUAGCUGAAACUAAAUAUGGCGUGGCUGAUCCUGAGGGAGGGAUAAUUCAUCAUGUGAAUUUGGGGAUUAGAUAUUGUGAGGUGAUCAUGAUUUGGGCCUUGUAAAAUAAUCUUUCCCAUGCUGCACAACAGUAAUAACGAAAAUAAGAAAUACCAAAUGUUUUUGAGGAGAAUUCUUGCUAUUGUAGAUUUGACAAGCAUAUUAUUGAAAACACUUCGAUUUGUUCUUGCCUUCGUUGACAUCCCGUACAACCAAGGCAUUCUGAACUGUCUAGGUUGAUAAAAGCCUUCGCCGCCUAAUCUGGUGUAAUCAACAAAAGUUGCUUUAUCUAAUUGCAUAACUCUUUCAUAUUCUAUAAAUAUGCCUGAAUUUACGAAAAAACAACUGGUUUUAGCCGAUCGUAUUUGAAUUCACACUGUAUGUGCUGUCCAAACAAUUAGUGUCAAUCAAUACUUCUUUCUCAUACCUCAUUAAUAGUUACUUGAAAAACAUUGUAAAGGCCUCACGUGUGUACCUGAAGUGUUUUGGAAUAACCCAACAAAAGAAGUACAAAAUGGCAAAUGUCAAUUUCUGGCCUUACUCGCACAAGCAUGAUAUGGUUGACAAUAGUUGUAUAUGUACAUUGACAUGGCCAUGGACUGGUCUUACUGUAUAGUCCCGUGGCCAUGUAUCAUACCUACUGAAGUUGAAAUCCACAGGAAGUCUAUGGAAAGCAGUUUCAAAUCACGAACUGGUAAACGUGUAUCGAGUCUAAGAGAGUGAAAAAAUUAACUUUUCUAAUGAUUGUGAAAAAGAAGCAAUUUCAAAAAAUUUCGACAACGAAACAUCACCAACCUUUUGGACUUCUUUAAUGUGAAAAGAUUCCGUAUCCUUCAGGUGUGCAUCAAACUACGUUUUUAAAUGUGCUAAUUUUAAUGGGAUAUUAAUUUCUUUUCAAAUAAUGGGUCAGACUGACUGGCAAUGCACAAAGCUUUCAUUUCUGUGUCAUGCGGCAACCUUUUUCUGGGCUCCAAAUCUAUGCUAAGACGCUCCUUCCAACUGUUGUUAACGUGGCUGUGAACGCUGGACGAUAACACACGGCCGAGGAAUACUUUUAACACAACGCGGGUUUUCAGUUUUUUUAAAUCAACAACAACAAAUGCACUUCAGAGGGACCAAUGUCUUCUGUUCUCAUCGCGUCACAAUUGGUACGAUGCGCAUUUCAGCCACGAGAAAAUGUCAUAUCAGGUCAAACAUUCAGAUUCUCAGCCAUUUUUCUAUGAUCGUAAAAUAUCUGGCGACUUAGCAUCAAAGAGGUUGCCCUUGUUGAGGAGGCUGCCUUGCCGGUCGUGUUCAACCCUUCAUCAGUUCGGGAAUACGAGUAUACAUUCUUGUCUUGUUUUAUGUGUUAUAUCACUUGCUUCAAACUAGUUCAGCCGAUCUUUGCUGGUGUAUGCUUUUAGGCAUGUUGAGUAAACUAGGCUAUAUCUCCCUGGUAGCUUUUAAACUAGCGUAUUGGCCGGGGCUCGCCGAGCAUUAUCAACAAGGUGCAAUGAUGAAGAUUUGAAAAUGAGUGUUGUUCAUUAAGGGGACAUUCCUGUUUGUAAAAUAUGAGCUCAUGGAGAUGACUGUGGGUAUGGUUGCCAUUUUAAUCAAAAUUUAUAUUAAAUUCAAAACUUGUGUCAGCGUUCAAAGAUUGAUGUUUUUGGUUGAAGUGCGUUUUUUUCCAUGCUGUGCAUGGAUGAUUCGAAAAGCGAAGCCGAGAGAGAAGUGAACUGCUGACAGAAACCUGGCGCAAAAUUGAUCAGUUUUUUAAAGCUUUUUCAUAAAGAAUGUACAGUGUAUGUACAAUGCAUGUCUGUACGAACAAGUACUUUCUAUCACUAUUUCGAAGGCUGCUGCUAAGCACUGCUUUCAUCGGCGCAGUGUUAAAACAAUGUACAUGCAGUGGUUGCUAUAUACAGUCCUUAUUCAUUUUCCAAGAUUCUUUCGAGUUUGAUCCGGUCAUGAAACGUACAAACUAAAGUCGAAAUUGACUAAGAACAGAGUCAAUUGGUGUUUCCUAUAAGCACCAAAACAUGCCACAUGUCCCUUCAAAGUCGCCUUUGUCUUAGUACAAUCACCCACCUUCACCAAGCCUUCACAUUUAUGAAUAUUGUCAUUUUCUACGUCUUUCGAUAUGCUUUUUUAUCAUCCACAAGGUAUAUUGUUUUAACCUAAACGUGUUCACUGUUACACCAAAUUGUACACAGUAAUGUUCGUCUUCUUUUUAUAUCUAUAUAUAUGUAAUAUAUGACGAAUUUUUCGAUUAUUAAACUUCAUGCAUAUUGUAAUUUG